UAUAUAUAGGUGUACGGGUGUAUCGAUACAAAUGAAAUCAAAAAGCAACUGACAGUAAUCGGCUUUGAAUAUUCCUCUUCUCUUUAAUGAAAACAAUCCUUGUUACCACAGGUGCUACCGUGACCUUCAAGUCAUUGCUCGACUACGUUGUUUCCGAGAAGUUCAUUGGGUAUUUGCUUGAGAAACAACCGGUCAAGCUUAUUGUUCAAUAUGGAAACGAGACUGAUUCUAAUUCGAAUAAUGUCUCCAAAGAAUAUUUUAACCAGGGUUUGAAGGCGAUAAUUGAAUCACUUGAUCUUUCAGUGAGUAACGAGUUCAAUGAUAAAUCCACCACAGCCUUUAAGUCCUCCAAAUAUCAAUUAGAAUUGGAAGUUUUUGGAUUCUCUCAUAACAUUUCCUCGUACAUUGAAGAGUCGGACCUCGUCAUAUCCCACGCCGGAACUGGCUCAAUUAUAGAUGUGCUUCAAUUGAAAAAACCUUUGGUUGUUGUUGUAAAUGACUCUUUAAUGCAUAACCAUCAGUUGCAAGUUGCCCAAAAAUUAUCAGACCAAAAUUGUUUAUUAAUGUGUGAAGCCUCUCAAUUGAACACCGAUGUUUUGACCCAACUUUGUGAAAAAGUCUUUAACCAUCACCAGUUUACUGACUUGAAGAAGCCUGAUGGCAAAGUUGUCGAAGGUAUAAUUGCAUCUUGUUUCUGAAUAUCUUCCUUCUUCCUGGGGCACGGGUGUUCACUUAGCGAAAAAUGUAUGUACAUCAAUAUAUAGUGAAAAACAUUAAAUACUACAACUUCAUUCUCUGAUUAACUAUGGAUAGAAGAUCAUACCUACCCCCGCCGGCCAUCACCACGGUCAAACGUAAGAGAAAACCAAGGUUAUUCACCAAGGAUAUCGAGUCACUACUUUAUGCAAUGGGAGACGGUCCAGUAUCAUUAGAAUCAACUAUAAAUGCUUUAGAUGAUUGCUUAUCAGAAUAUUU